AUGUCUCAAAAUGAUAUACAUCUUUUACAAAACAACAUCCCUAUUCAUAGAAAUAAGGUUAUGUUGUUUUCAAUGUAUGUAUCAUGUGGUAUUUCUAUUGUAUUAAUAAUUAUUAUGAUUAUUGUAUGCAUAAUUCCUGUACAUUUACCUUCAAAUCAUUCUAUGGAUAAAAGUAUUCAAUCAUUUAAAGUUCUUAAUAUGACAUUAAUGAAUUUGUUAAAUGAAACCCAAUUAUUAAAUGGCUCAGUUAAUCGAUUAAGUUGUCGAGGUGGUGUAUUGUCGCAAUCAUUAAAUAGUACAGUGACAAGUCUUUUAGAUAUUUAUAAGAAAGAUGAAUUAUUAUUAUCUUCUUCAACUGAAAUGAUUGCAGGAAUUAUAAAGUUAUUAGAAUUUCUUAAAAUCCAAAAAUUUGAUAUUAUAAUUAAACAACCAUUUAUUGACCAAUUAAAGAAAUUGAACCAAUACCUUAUUUAUUUACAAACUCCACUAAAUCAAUUGAUUUACAAAAUAAAUGAUGUUGUUUAUGAUUUUAUUGCUUAUACUUAUCAAAUUGAUUUUCUCUCUUUUCAUUUUAAUCAUUCAUUAUUAGGUUCUGACUUAGCUAAGUCAUUGUUAAAUCGUUCUUUCAAUUUAAGUGAUGUCUUACUUGAACAUUCCCAGUCAAUUCAAAAAUGUUAUUACUUUUAUGUUAUUAUCAUUGAAAUUUUAUGUUUUAUUAUUUUGAUAAUAACGUUCUUACUAACAUUCUUUUUAUAUCGCCGUUCUUUUAAAGUAACUGAAGUGUCUGAAAUUGAUCCAUUAUUAAGUCAUUAA